AUGAUUGAAAUCAAAAAGGAAAAGAAAAUCGUUGGACCAAUUAGGGAAGCAGAGACUCUACUUACACAUAAUAGCAUUUUGAUGGUGGCCGAGGCUAUGGUACUGGCUCCUCCGUCAAAUCAUAUAGUCAAUACGCCGGACUUUGGAGAACCAAGAAACACAGUAGUUUUACAACCGUUUGCAUUAUUGCUAAACACACUACUAGUCAGAUAUGUAUCUUUUGCUAUUCCAAGUCUCCGCACUCUGUGUCUGUACAGGGAACCGGCAUCAAGACCAACAGAGGUAUGUUAUGUUUAUCACAGCUACAUUUUAUCUUUUGCGGUUAGGUUAGAUUUACUGUUGGUAGACAAAUCCAAAAAGGGAACAAGUAAAACGAGCACGGAAAGCUUGUCUGAAUAUCAUUUGAGUUUUGAAGUUAAGAAUAGUAACACAUUGCUGUCUGUCAACGUGUUGCCUUUGAAAUGUCCACGUUACAGAUUAGUUCAAGCAUCCAACGAUAGAACACAGAAACUUGCUGUCAAUUCUUGGUACAUUAAUAAUCAUUUCCAAUGGCGUGCUCGUGUCCACGAUGUUUAUAGUAAGAGUGGGAGGUCUAGCGAAGGUUUCAUCGCGAGCGAAGCAUUUAAACGGACUGGAUUCGACUUGGAAGCAUGA